CCGUCUGAUGGUCUCUGGGUGUGUCCUUCCAGGAGUGCCCGUCCCGUUUCUCAGGCCGGCUGGCUCCCUCCUCCUCCCUGCAGCCUCCCCUCACUCCCUCGUUCCCUCCCUCCCUCUUGUGUGGAGGCUCUUGGCCCAGGUCCUUCAGCCGGGGAGGGUGCAAGCGGAGGACGCAGGAGAGGUGAGGUCACGUCUCCCUUGAGCCCCGCGCCGCUGACUUUUCAGAGCCUCGCCACGAGCAGGCAGCCUCAGUCUCCGACCGCGCGGACCCUGCGCUCCUCCGCCCACCCUGCACCGCCGGCCUCGCCCAUGUCUCAGUACGACCCCAGCUCGGACUUCAAGAGGGCUCUGGACAGCAGUCCGGAGGCCAACACGGAGGAUGACAAGACCGAGGAGGACGUGCCCAUGCCCAAGAACUACUUGUGGCUCGCCAUCGUCUCAUGUUUUUGCCCCGCGUACCCCAUCAACAUCGUGGCUUUCGUCUUCUCCAUCAUGUCUCUGAACAGCUACAACGAUGGAGACAUCGAAGGAUCCAAGCGGCUCGGGAGGAAUGCCAAGUGGGUGGCCAUUGCCUCCAUCAUUAUUGGCCUUCUCAUCAUCGGUAUUUCUUGUGCAGUUCACUUCACAAGGAAUGCCUGAGCAACCAGCAGUCUGCCGCAAGCACGGAGGAUGGACCUCAUCCACAUACACCCCACAGGAGUUUCUGAGGAAUGGACCCUUGACUUCAGACCGUGAGAUCUCUUCCUCCAGGACUCUCCAGAGGCAGGUCCCUGGCAAAUGAACUUAAAAAAAAAAAAAAA